ACACUUGCCCAAAAAGCCAAGGUCCGGUACCAAGCUCGUGCCUCCGAGCCUACUCUAUAUUAUCUUUUGCCUUUGGCUCUACUAAGAGUGGCCUCUCUCUACCUGCCCACCAGUGGUCCUUCCCAAAAACAGAGUAAUCCCUCUCUGUUUUGAGACUGAACUCUUUGUUUUUGGGUUCUGUAUUUAUUAUAUGUAGAGCCAAAUUGUACGAAAAUUUGUUGGGAAAAUUCAUUUAUUCUUCAGAAAGCUCUAUUUGGAGUUGAAUUUCCAAGAGAACAUCUUUAAAGGAAAUGAUGCUUUCUGCAAAGUCAGAGUCGGAUAUCACAAGCUUAGCUCCUUCUUCACCUUCAAGGUCACCAAAGCGCCCUGUAUACUACGUACAGAGCCCUUCAAGGGACUCCCAUGAUGGAGAUAAGUCAUCGUCAAUGCAUGCCACGCCAAUCUACAACAACAGCCCGAUUGAAUCUCCAUCCCACCCAUCUUUCGGCCGGCACUCGAGAAACUCGUCGGCGAGCCGGUUCUCGGGGAUUUUUAGGUCGUCCUCUGGAAGGAAAGGAAGCAGGAAGCAGAGGAAUGACAAGGGUUGGCCGGAGUGUAAGGUGAUAUUGGAAGAAGGGUCGUAUGAUGAUAUUGAGGAUAAGGCUUUUUCGAGGAGAAUGCAGGUCUUAAUUGCUCUGCUGAGUUUUGUGGUGCUGUUCACUGUGUUUUGCUUGAUUAUAUGGGGAGCAAGUCGGCCUUUCAAAGCUGAGAUUACUGCCAAGAGCUUGGCUGUGCAUAAUUUCUAUGUUGGAGAAGGCUCAGACUUCACAGGGGUCCCAACAAAGAUGCUAACAGUAAAUGGGUCACUCAAACUGAGCGUCUACAACCCUGCAACCAUAUUUGGUAUCCAUGUUAGCUCCACACCCAUCAAUCUUGUUUUCUCGGAAAUCACUGUGGCAACGGGUCAGUUGAAGAAAUAUUAUCAACCAAGGAAGAGCAAGAGAAACGUAAUAGUAAACUUGGAAGGAAUAAAAGUUCCACUGUAUGGAGCAGGGUCGAGCUUAGUGGUAUCACAGAAUGGAGGAGCAGUGGUUCCAUUGACUUUGAAGAUGGAAAUCAAGUCGAGAGGGAAUGUGGUGGGAAAGUUGGUGAGGACGAAGCACAGGACGCAAAUCUCUUGCAUUUUAACCAUUGAUUCACUCAGCUCCAAACCUAUCAAGUUCAAGAAGAAUUCAUGCACUUAUGCUUGAAAAAAGACUACAGCUUUUUUCACAUAUUGCAGAUCUUGUGCAUGAAGAUAAAGAAUUCAUAUGUGCAUGGCAUCGGGCUUUUUAUAGUUUUACUCUUCGGAGGAUUAAUUUUCUAAUAAGGAUUUUGUAUAGAGAGAAUAUUUGAAUAAAUAAGAGUGAAUGCCGAUAACGCAUCUGUGUGUGUCUAUGAAUGAAUGUAUGUAUGUAUGAAUUUUGAGUACCCUUCGGAAUGGAUCUUAAUUGAUAUGGUUGUAUUUUCA